GAAAUCGAUUCGUCAAGAUAUACAAAAACGCUCUCAACUUCUUCUCAUCACUUGGAUUCGAUUCAGCAGCACACUGAAGCACAUCGAAGAAAUUCAGACUCGUUGAACUACGAAAACUACGAAGAGAGGAUUACUAGUCAUCGAUUUCCUAAAUUUUUGCGAUCAAAAGUAUUCGAAUCAUCAUGGCACGACCACCAUCUUCCAACACCGACGUGAUCCUCUACAUCCUUGCGAUUUUUGUUCCCCCUGCAUCGGUGUUCUAUAAACGUCAAUGUGGGCCCGACUUUUGGAUCAAUAUCUUACUUUUCAUUCUUGGUUGGAUACCCGGUGUGUUACAUGCUUGGUGGAUCAUUAGCAAGUAUGAGACACCAGAGAAUGCAUAUGCCGCUGCACCUCUCAAAUGAUCUAUUUCUUCAUACAUCCCAUAACUCAGGAUUUCAGGUCACCGACUAUAUAUCAACCAAAUGAUGACACUGUAACGAACUCCUUCGAACGUCUUUGCUAGUAGUACAAUCUUGAACACGCCAUUUUACCAUCUCAUCUUUCUGUAUCGUUUGAUUGUUUGCCUCGGGUUUUAAUCAUCUCUGCACUCGUUUUCGAACUAUUGCAUCUGUUUUUCUUCUUCUCUUUAUGUACAUCUUAUUGUGUUCCAAGUGACUUGUUUUCCUCAAACUGACAAGGUUUCAAGUAACACUGCUUCAUAGGAAGAAGCCUUGAAUACUGC